GGAAUGAGCCAGCAGUGGGCUCCCAUGAAGCGCCCCAGUUGCUCAAGUGUUCCCCUGCAGCCAGAGAGCUAGCAGGAAGUGCAGCUCGGGUGCCUCUCGACUCGUCUCAUCAAUGCAGCUUUCAUUCUCCCUCGCUGGGGCAAGAUGGACGCUGUACAAAAGGACCACUGGUACUUCGUGGUACUCAUCUUUCUUCCUUUUCCUAAAGUUGCUGUCCAGCAGAUGGAGGCCGCUUCGGUCCGCCUGGAGGAAGGGAUGGUUCUCAACUGUUUGUGCCCCUGGGACGGCAACCUCAGCAUGGUGUCCUGGAACAAAGUACCGGACAAGGAUCCGGUAGCCGUUUUCCAUCCAGAGUAUGGAGUGGCCUUUUCUCAUCAAUACCGGGAGAGGAUAGACUUCCUGAGGACCACACCGAUGGAUGGAAGUAUUUCCAUGACUAAUGUAACUCACCAGGAUAUUGGGGUCUACCACUGCUCUGUUCAGACCUUCCCCCAAGGCCCCUGGACAAGGAACAUUCAGGUGGAAGACUUAGAUGAGCCCCCAGAGGAAGACAACGCCACAGAGCCGCCCAGUCCAGAGGGGAUCAAGACCGACACAGAAUUGGUGGCAGAGCCAAACAGCAACCUGACCAUCAGCUGUAACCACGAGCACAAUGGUAGCAUUUACCAGGUCAUUUUGGAGAAGAUGCCGCAUGGCAAGCCCUGGGGCAUCAUCGGAGUGUGUAAGAAGGUGGAAGGGGGCCUGUUGAGCGAGGACUACAGCGACAGGGGCCAAGUCAGCUGUGCAGACAGCCUGGAUGUCAGUCUGCACCUGACAGGUGUGGUGCAGGAAGAUGGUGGUUUCUACCGCUGCAGCUUCAGCACAGAUGCAGGGUUGUGGACCACCACUGUGCUGCUCACUGUGCCCCCUCCAGGUGGCUUCAGCCUAUCCCUGUACAUGAUAUAUAUUUACAUCGGGGCUGGAGCUGCUGGGCUUAUUCUACUCAUUGUCAUCAUCAUACUAGCAUUGAAGGACAGGAAGAAGAACAGGAGAGAGGAGUAUCGAGUCAAACUGCACCCAUCUCAGAGACAGCCAAACCUCUAUAAGAACAUCUCUGUGUGUCCCCGGAUGGCAAAGAAGUCCAGGCAAAUAAAGAGUUGCCCGCUCUAUGCCAACCUGCAGCCUGCGCCAUCACACAAAACCAAAUGUCAUCUUUGUGCUAAAUGAGCAUAUGAUGUAUUGUGUCAUGUGAAUGUGUAUUUUUUUUUUACAAACAAAGCAGAUUCAUGUACACAUUUUCUAUAUUUGACCAUCAAUCUAAACUCAAUAAUCCAUAGUGGAAACGUGAAAACAUGUUUAAAAAAAACAACCCAAACUGAAAUGUGUCAUUCACGUAAGUAUUCAGACUCUUUGCUGGGACCAGGUGCAUCCUGGUUGCUCUAAUUAUCCUUGAGAGGGUCUCGAGCUUGAUUGGAGUCCACCUGUGACUAAUUGCAUUGAUUGGACAGUUUAGAAAGGUCUCACUCUGCGUGUCACUCCUACAACACAGUGUGCAAAGGAGUCUGAAUAGCCUUAUAUUAUCAAGUGCUAAUUCUAAUUAUUUCUUCUGGAUAAGACACACACUGAUUAAUAUUCACGCUGUGGUUUGGCAUGAGUUAACAAGCUGGUGCUCAUGUAAGCCUCAGAGAGCUGACGGGUUUGUUUGUGUCCAACCCCGCUCCCACUAAUUAAAUAUAGUGUGUCCUUCAUAAUUACUGUUGAGGAAAUGUUUGUUUUGUGCAAAACAAUAUUUGACAGUUACCGCUACGCAGACAAAAGCAGACAAAAGCCUGUAUAAUCAUUCUUUUCACUUCCCCCAAGCCAUGAGUAAAACGAUUGACAAAAGCCUGUGUAAUUGCUCUCCUUUUACUUUCAUCCCUCCUGGUUUCCAUUCAAAGCUUGACAAUGGUGUCUAAUCAUCUAACGGAAAAGAAAGGCAGUCACUCAGCACUGUACCAUCACUUGAGACUGUCGCUUUCCCCAAAGGGCUCUCCGUCUAGGAUGGCUGCAUUCUCAUUACAGCAUGCUCUUAUUGUGAAAGCUAAACUCUAAUUAGAUAACCCUGUGCUUUAGUUUACAUCUCCUUAUACUUUGUCUAUUAACUUCCUUUUUUACUCUGCGUUUCUGAAAAUAUAAUUGAAAACAAGUCAUUUAUUUUAUGAUAAGCUGUCACAAGUCUUCCGAGUAAUAUUUAUUUUGUUUGAUUUCUAAGCUACAGGCUUCUGUAAAUGAAUAUGUAAGGUUUAUUGUAGUGCUACUAAGCUGUAUGUUGUUUAUGUGUAAUGUGAUUCAUUUAUCUCCAUAGAAAUGGAGGCAGUGGCAGAGGCAGUAAUGGAUACGCAGGCUAUCCUGCUAGGAAAUGUGCCAAAUAUGGACAAGGUAGAAAUGUGGAAUUUAGAGGGACAAUAUAGUUUGGAACCACAAGUUUUUACCCUCAAUGUCUCAUCUUGCUGUUUCCAGCAAAAUAAUAGAAGCUGCAACAGUACGUUUGACUGUGAUACUUGUAAUGCUGUGUGUUCCCAGCAAUACUGAUGUGUGUGACUGUAAAUGACUCCAAUGUGGUAUAAAUAAAACAACGUAGCACU